GUAUAUACCCGUAUCUAUACGAAUCGUACACAAACCAUGAAUGGGAUCGAAGUUGACAACUUUCACAAUAAACAAAAGCGUAAACGUAAAUUCUUCCCAGGUCCCCCAUAAUUAGGCCUAGUCUUUGUCGAUAAAAGUGUUUCUUCGUUUGGAAAGCGCUGAAGAGUUUUAAAUCGCUAUCAUGGGCAGUUUAAUGGAAGCAUGCUGCACUGGUUUCAUAUGUAGGCUGUGCUCAAAGAUGAAUCGUAUGGUGAUUUUCAUAUACGGCGCAGACGGACUCGGAUACAACUUGCUGCAGAAAAUCAACAGCUAUCUGCCAAUCGAGAUCAGCGAAGAGGACGAACUACCGAAAACGAUCUGUGAAGCCUGUCUGGACAAAAUUCUACUCCAUCAUCGGUUGAUAGAGCAGAUUCAGUCCGCGCAGAAACGGUUCGUGAAGCUGCGCGAUGAAGAUCAGGCUCGUAAUUCUACUGCUGCAGAAUCAUCGGCUAGUUCAAGAACAUUGUCCGCGGAAUCCACAGCCAGCUCGCGGACCAUGUCGGUUGAUUCUACCGAUGCGGUGGAAGAACCUGCAGAAAGGAUACAAGAAACGGAGCCUAACAACGAGACAGCAGAACACAGCGCUACAGCUGAGACAGCGAAUGCGCGGGUACAGGAAGAUGUUCAGACUAACGAAAGCGUAAGCCAAGAUUCGCAAGAAGCUACGAGCAGUAGCUCAGCGGACACAGCAGCAGCGGGAGAAUCCAGUACUAAUCGAGAACAAAACGAACCCGGUUCAUCGACCCCAAAACCACCGACGAAUCGUUUGAAAAGGAAACAGCCAAAUCCGUCUCAUUCGUCUAAAGUGGCUAGGAAACGGUUAGGUUAGAUGCAUAACGCUCUAUGUAGGGUUAAGGUUCCCGAUUCGACGCUUGUUCCUUGGUACAGACAGACAGGUUGUCGCAAUGCAAUGCUUAACAAAAAUUGUCCCAUAAAUCUUUGGUGGCAAGUGCGAGCCCGGGUCUGCAUUGAUUGCGGUCGUAAAUAGCCGUAACAGCCGUAAGAUUUAAGGCGGUUCUUUCUCUCUUUCCGAUUCGUCGAUAAAUGUAUUCGUUUAGAUUUAGCAAGCAAACGCUGUACAUCUUAUUCAAACAGCGUGCACGCUUCCAUUACUUUUGUUUAAUAAAUAAAGCAGCUUGUUAAAGCUGUGUGUCGUUGCGUACGUUUCAA